AUGUGUACCAACUCUCAGCGGACCCAUUUCGUCGUCGUGGUAGCAGAAGCUCGGGGAGGGAAAGACUUAUCCAAGGUCACGCGGGGGCUGAGGGAAGAGUCGGGCCUCGAACCUGGAUCAGAGCCCCCUCCUUCAAACCCCUCAAGUCUCAGCCCGGGGCGGGCACUCGACUCGCCCCCAGUUCCACAGCCCCUCCCCUCCUCGGGCCCAGCCCGAGGCCAGAUCCUCGCCAGAGAUUCCGGACCUCCUCAGGAUAGCCCACCUGAGCCCCCACAGCUCGCGCAGCUUCCGCACCAGAGCUCUAGGUGCCCGCCAGCCAGCACCGCCGAGGAGCGCUCACCUGAGCCCGCGCCGCUCCGGAGGCUCCGCCCCGAGUCCCCGCCCCUUGCCGCUCCCCGCUCCGCCGGGCCUGGCCGCUCUAGCCCAGCCGCCGCCUCGUCUCGGUGUCCUCGCCACUUCCUCCUCCGGGGCUUGGGACGGGGGGCGUGGCGUCGAGUCUGA